CCGGGUUUCCGGGAAGAUGGCGGCUGUCGAAGCGGCUGCAGAGCCGGUAACAAUGGUGGCGGCUGUUGGGCCAAAAGCGAAAAACGAAGAGGAGGAGGAAGAGGAGCCGCUGCCACCGUGCGAGGCAGUGCGCUGGGCCCCGGUGGGGGCGGUGGCGGAGGUGCAGUUCCGCCUGCGACAGGUGGUGCGCGGGGCGCCGGCGGAGCAGCAGCGCCUUCUGCGUGAGCUCGAAGACUUCGCCUUCCGCGGCUGCCCUCACGUCCUAGGUUACGAAGGGCCCGGCGACCCCGCCAGCGAUGAGGGCGAUGGGCUGCCAGGAGACCGGCCACGGUUGCGGGGCGAGGACCAGAGUGAGCAGGAAAAACAAGAGCGUCUGGAAACCCAAAGGGAGAAGCAGAAAGAACUGAUACUGCAGCUCAAGACCCAGCUAGAUGACCUGGAAACGUUUGCCUAUCAAGAGGGCAGUUACGACUCGCUGCCACAGUCUGUGGUAUUGGAAAGACAGCGGGUGAUCAUAGAUGAGUUAAUAAAGAAACUGGACAUGAAUCUGAAUGAGGACAUCAGUUCCCUGUCCACUGAAGAGCUUCGUCAGCGCGUAGAUGCAGCAGUGGCUCAGAUCGUCAACCCAGCCCGAGUCAAAGAACAGUUGGUUGAGCAACUAAAAACUCAGAUCCGAGACCUCGAGAUGUUCAUCAACUUCAUCCAAGAUGAAGUGGGAAGCCCCUUGCAGACAGGUGGUGGACACUGUGAGUGCAAGGCCGGUGGGAAGACAGGAAAUGGCUGCAGCAGAACAGGCAGCAGCAGACCGCCUCCAGGAGACAGCAGAACAAAGGCGGAGGAUGUGAAGAAAGUCCGGGAGACAGGGCUGCACCUGAUGAGGCGAGCGCUGGCAGUGCUCCAGAUCUUUGCUGUUAGCCAAUUUGGUUGUGCCACAGGCCAGAUCCCUCCAACCCUGUGGCAGAGGGGCCAGGCUGACCGAGACUACUCUCCCUUGCUAAAGAGGCUGGAGGUGUCAGUGGACAGAGUGAAGCAGCUAGCCUUGAGGCAGCAGCCACACGACCAUGUCAUCACCUCUGCCAACCUCCAGGACCUCUCUCUGGGAGGCAAGGAUGAGCUGACUAUGGCUGUGCGGAAGGAGCUGACGGUGGCUGUAAGGGACCUGCUGGCCCAUGGACUGUAUGCCUCCUCCCCAGGGAUGAGUCUUGUUAUGGCUCCUAUUGCUUGUUUGCUGCCAGCCUUCUCCUCGGCCCCUGAGGCCAUGCACCCCUGGGAGCUCUUUGUAAAGUACUACCAUGCUAAGAACGGCCGUGCUUAUGUGGAAUCCCCAGCCCGGAAGCUCUCCCAGUCCUUUGCCCUUCCUGUUACGGGAGGCACUGUUGUGACCCCCAAACAGAGCCUGCUGACAGCCAUCCACAUGGUGCUGACAGAGCACGACCCUUUUAAGCGCAGUGCAGACUCAGAAUUGAAGGCCUUGGUGUGCAUGGCACUGAAUGAGCAGCGUCUGGUGUCCUGGGUGAACCUCAUCUGCAAGUCUGGGUCACUCAUCGAGCCUCACUACCAGCCCUGGAGCUACAUGGCACACACAGGCUUUGAGAGCGCCCUCAACCUGCUCAGUCGCCUCAGCAGCCUCAAGUUUAGCCUCCCUGUAGAUCUGGCUGUGCGCCAGCUCAAAAACAUCAAAGAUGCCUUCUGAUAAGAGUGCCCUAACCCCAGACAAGCUCCUUGCUCAGUAGAGAUAGAUGUGUUAGUCUUCCAGCAUAGCAGCAAGGAAUCAAAGGUGGGGUUAAAGGCUUUUUCGCCAGACCCUGCUCAGGCAGUUGGCCAAAUGAGUGCAAAGUCUGUUUUCCCCACCAACUUAGCAUCUCGGAAAGAUGUGCUGGAGAGACCCUCUUGUUAAGAAGGUUCUACCAGACCGGGCGCAGUGGCUCACGCCUGUAAUCCCAGCUACU